UGAAUCCAGAAGCUCAAUUAGUGGAGUGUUUGAAAUGGGAGGAAGCAACAGGGGUGGCGUUUUUGAGCGUUGGUUCUGAAUAAAAAAUGGAGGCUCGCCCUCUCCCUCACCAUGCAUUACCCUGAAACAAGCAUAAUAAAGAUUGUAUUUUGUUCGUCCGGCCAAACCAGUACAAUCUCUCUCAAAUUCUGCACUGACAACUCGUAUCACCCAACUGAUACGCAUCUCUUCUUUCUCUCUCUACCUACAUAAAAAGAUACAAAAAGGAGUUUGUUUCUCUCUCCUUCCCGCCCCUGUCUUUCACUCCGUAUUGUAUUCUUUUUGAGCUUUUGGUAAGGUUAGUGUGAGUGAGCGAGUAAUAUGGGUUGUGGGGCGUGCAGUGGGUGACUGAAAAGGGAGAACCCAGAGAAAUGAAAAAAGAGCGAAUGAGAGAGGUGUGUAAUUGUUGUAGGGAGACAUAGAAAAAAGAGAGUGGAUGCAUUCAAAUGGCUUUUGCAUUUUCACGCUCUUCAGGCAAUAUGGUCUGCUGCUGCUUUUUCUUUUUUCUGCAUUUCUUCGCAGCCAUGGUUCCUAAACUCUUCUGUUUGAUCAUUCUCUCUUCUGCCUUUCUCUGCCUUUCUUAUGAACCUCGGAACCCUGAAGUGCAAGCUCUGAUCAAUUUGAAGACGGCAUUGAAUGAUCCGCACGGCGUGCUCAGCAAUUGGGAUGAGGACUCGGUGGACCCUUGUAGCUGGGCAAUGAUCACCUGCUCCCCUGAGAACCUCGUUAUAGGACUGGGAGCUCCGAGCCAGUCUCUUUCUGGAAGCUUGUCUGGAGCGAUUGGGAACCUCACUAAUCUUCGCCAAGUGCUGCUGCAGAACAACAACAUUUCCGGUCCAAUUCCCAUUGAACUUGGAGCUCUCCCGUUGCUGCAAACACUAGAUCUCUCUAACAAUCGGUUCUCGGGCCCAAUACCAGCAUCUUUUGCUCAGCUGAAUGGUCUACGCUAUCUGAGGGUGAACAAUAAUAGCUUGUCCGGGCCUUUUCCCUCGUCUUUGGCCAAAAUUCCCCAGCUUGCUUUCUUGGAUUUGUCUUUCAACAAUCUCAGUGGACCAGUGCCUGUGUUUCCAGCCAGAACAUUCAAUGUGGUGGGAAAUCCAAUGAUAUGUGGAAAUAGUCCUAAUGAAGGUUGCUCUGGCUCAGCCAACGCUGUUCCUCUUUCUUUCUCUCUAGAAUCGUCCCCUGGAAGACUCAGGUCCAAAAGAAUUGCAGUGGCACUUGGGGUCAGCCUCAGCUGUGCGUUUCUGAUAAUCCUAGCACUUGGAAUUCUGUGGCGCAGAAAAACUCAGAAGACUAAAACCAUCCUAGACUUCAAUGUACACAAUCAAGAAGUUGGCCUUGUGCGCUUAGGCAACCUCAGAAACUUCACUUUCAAGGAACUCCAGUUAGCAACAGACCAUUUUAGUUCCAAAAAUAUACUUGGGGCUGGAGGCUUUGGUAAUGUGUACAAGGGAAAGCUAGGAGAUGGGACUAUGGUGGCAGUCAAACGGCUAAAAGAUAUAACGGGUACUACUGGAGAGUCCCAGUUCCGCACAGAAUUGGAGAUGAUUAGCCUUGCAGUUCAUCGCAAUUUGCUUCGCUUAAUUGGUUAUUGUGCCACUUCUCACGAGAGGCUCUUGGUGUACCCAUACAUGUCAAAUGGCAGUGUAGCUUCCAGGCUCAGAGGAAAACCAGCCUUGGACUGGAACACGAGGAAGAGAAUAGCAAUUGGAGCAGCCAGGGGUCUGCUGUACCUCCACGAGCAAUGUGAUCCUAAGAUAAUCCAUAGAGAUGUGAAGGCCGCCAAUGUGCUUCUAGAUGACUACUGCGAAGCCGUAGUUGGUGAUUUUGGACUUGCAAAGCUUCUCGACCAUGCUGACUCUCAUGUGACCACUGCUGUUCGUGGCACUGUUGGGCACAUCGCUCCGGAGUAUCUUUCAACUGGCCAAUCUUCUGAGAAGACAGAUGUGUUUGGGUUUGGCAUUCUUUUGAUAGAGCUAAUUACUGGAAUGCGAGCUCAUGAACAUGGGAAAACAACUAACCAAAAAGGCGCCAUGCUUGAGUGGGUGAAAAAGAUACAACAGGAAAAGAAAGUGGAAUUGCUUGUGGACAGAGAGCUUGGCAACAACUAUGAUCAGAUUGAAGUUGGGGAAAUGUUACAAGUGGCUCUUCUUUGCACUCAGUAUUUACCUGCUCACCGUCCCAAGAUGUCGGAGGUGGUCCGAAUGCUUGAAGGGGAUGGCCUUGUUGAGAAAUGGGCUGCUUCCCACACCCAUAAUGACUUAAAUGUCAACCUCUUUCAUUCACGGAACAGCUGCAAAAGUUCAUACAAUCCCACAAAUGCAUUGAAGAGUAAUGGCAAUGAUCAUUCAAGCAUGUUAAGUUUGACAUUGGACGACGACGACGAGGAGCGAUCUUUAGACUCCUAUGCCAUGGAACUCUCCGGUCCAAGAUAGUAGUGAAACUCAGAGAAAAGGGAAGGUUAUAAUUCAUUGCUUCAAUUCUUUACAAAGCCCGUAAUCAACUAAUCGUCAUGGGGAAAAGAUGGGUUUCAAUGUUGGUUUCAUAAACUUCGUGUACCCUUUUUUUGCAAUCUUUUUUUCUUUGUCAAUAUUCUGGGUUUGGACAUGUAAAUAUAUGAUAUCCGCUUGGUCUUCUUGAAAUGGUGCAUUUUAUUAUAACAGUAGAAGGGAAGGAAAGAAAAGGCAAAGCUUGUAUAGGGGGAGAGGCUUAGAUAAACAGAACAGAGUAAGACUAUUUAAAUGAAUGAAUUUGACUAUCUUCUUCUAAUUGUUAGAAA